AUGGGAAAGAUAUUUCCGGAUCCCUUGGAACGUGGUGACGAAUGUUACCGGAGGAUCAGCGGCCGUCUGCCCUCGAUUACAGUGGAGCUAACGGACGUGGGCGAGGUGGAGAGCGGAGAGCUACGUUGGCCUCCUGAGGAGCCCAGCCCCUGUACAGUUGUUGAGGACCUCUUUAAGGCCACCAGUGAGCAGGAAAGUCCCAGAGAAACCCAGCCAGGGCUAAGUGAAGCCACGCCUCCCGGGAAGGAGGAGACUGAACAGAAGGAGGCAGAGACAAGGAGAGAUGGAGGAACGAAGGCUGUGAGCUUACCUCACAAAGGUCAAGGCCAAGGGGUGGCAAAACUGAGGAACUGAGAAUAGUAUCCCAUUCCUGAGGGUUGCUUAUAAAGGACACAACUCCUGGCACAAAGCCCCCAAUAUCAACGUUCCAAA